AUGUUUAAUCAAGAGAUAGAUUACGUGGAUGCUCCGCCUCUUGCAUUUGCUUUUGAUAUAGACGGUGUUCUUCUCCGUGGUCCGCAUGUCAUACCAGCUGCCAGACGUGCAUUGGCUAUACUUGAAGGAGAUAAUCCGAUGCGAAAGAAGAUUCCAUAUAUUUUGCUCACCAAUGGCGGCGGCUCUAGCGAGGAAGCUCGCUGCCAGAAGCUUACUGCCCAGCUAGGAUUUAAUAUCCAUCCCCUUCAAUUCAUACAAUCCCAUACCAUCCUCAAAACCGUAGCGCAGGACUAUGCAGAUCGACCAGUGUUGGUGCUCGGUGGCCGAAAUGGCGAGGUUCGUAAAGUGGCCGAGGAGUAUGGAUUCAAGAACGCUUACACGACCCUCGAUGUAUUAGCAUGGAAUCCUGCGGUUUGGCCAUUUCAUACCCUCACCCCGUCGGAACAGCAGUCCGUCAAGUCAGCUGAUUUCUCUCGAACUCCUAUCGCCGCGAUAUUCGUAUUUCAUGACCCGCGCAAUUGGGCUCUUGAUAUUCAGAUUAUUUGCGACGCGAUACAGUCUGGAGGCAUAAUCGGCGCAACUCCCACGGUGCAGCAUGUGCGACCCAGUGGUCCAAGACGUCCGGAACUUUUUUUUUGUAAUGGAGAUAUGUUGUGGAAAUCAGACUUCCAGCGGCCACGGUUCGGUCAAGGUGCAUUUCGUGUGGCUUUCCAGGCUGUCUACGAGUCACUGACUGGCUCUAAGUAUCCUUGCGUGCAAUAUGGCAAGCCAACCGAGGCAACAUAUAUGUUUGCGAAACAAGUGUUGAGGGAUAGGUUCAGAGACCUAUACGGUCGUGUCUCAGUGAAAGAACCGCAUGUUUAUAUGGUAGGCGACAAUCCAGAAUCUGACGUCAUUGGGGCGAACGCGGCGGGCUGGUCAUCUUUGCUCGUUCGGACUGGGGUGUAUGACCCACGCCAAGGGCCGCCUGCUCACGUCCCGACACAUGAAGUAGAAGAUGUUCUGGAAGCUGUCACUUGGGCCAUUGAGCGUGAGAUGCAAUCGUGA